CGGUUGUCCAAGCACUACACUGCCUACAGGAUUGGUGCAAUGUUAUGUGUUUGUGGGGUGUGAGAAAUCAGUGGGCAUCAUGUGUUUAUCAAAUGUUGUUUCGAAAUUGUUCGAACUGCAACGAGCUUCCACCUUCAGUGCCGGGUAUUGCAUCCUUUCUAGCAUUUCUGACUGUGCAGUAAGGACCCUAUGCAUAUUUUACAGCGAACGGGCUCCCCAGUUGCAGGGAAGACGGCCAUAAUAACGCCAAGGAUAGCGUCAGAGGAAUGUUAAACAUAGUGAUUUUUUAUUUUUAUUUUAAAAUUCACGUGUUGUAUGCAACGACACUUGUCAGAUGUUAGCUAUUGAGAAUGCACAGUGAUACAGAUGAAAAUUUGUUGGUGUUGUCUUGCACACCACACCAUUAAGAAAGGGCAUGUACCUGCAGCUUUGUGACGUAAAUGAAGAGGCUAUUGUUCACACAUGUAUAUUUCAGGAAGACGUGACCAGGAAAUGCAGCAGGUAGAUUCGGUGGCUCAUAGCAGUACGGAUGCAAAUAGCAGCCAGCAAGAUGUGAUUGAACCACCCCCUAGGGAGGAACCUCAUCUGGAGCCAGUUAAUGGUGUAGUUCAGCCUCCCUUUUACCCACAUCCAGACCGUCCAGGCCGUGUUACCAAUCAACUUCAAUUUCUUUUGAAAGCAGUGCUCAAGACAGUAUGGAAACAUCAAUUUGCAUGGCCAUUUUAUCAACCGGUGGAUGCUAAGAAGCUCAAUUUACCUGACUAUCAUAAAAUAAUAAAGCAGCCAAUGGACUUGGGGACAAUAAAGAAACGUCUUGAGCAUAACUAUUAUUGGAGUGGAAGAGAAUGUAUUCAAGAUUUCAAUACUAUGUUUACAAAUUGUUAUGUCUAUAACAAACCUGGUGAAGAUGUUGUGGUCAUGGCCCAGACCCUUGAAAAGCUCUUCCUUACAAAAGUUGCAGCUCUGCCUAAAGAGGAAGUAGAGCUGGAUCCACCUACAGCAAAAGGAACAAAAGGGAAGAAAGCUCGUGGCAGUUCUUCAGGAGCUGUUCUAAGAGGUCGCCCGUCUUCAAGCAGUAGCAACAGUGGUGGACCAACAGUUAGCUCUAGUGUAUCAGCAGUUUCCUCCUCACCCAAAGCUCCUGCACAAUCAACAGUACAGACAUCACCUGUUGCCAGUUCCACAGGAUCUGUCCACCUUCCCCUUGGCACACAACCUCCUCUCCCUGUACCAGGAAGCACGGCUACUACUACUGUGCCAGCUAGCAGUAAUCUGCCACAUGGGACCCACAAUUCAUUGCCCAAGCAGGUGACAGCUCCUGCUGGUGCAUACCAUGGUCAGUCAGCAGUCGUCACAUCGUUGGAUGUUCAGCCUCAGAGUACUGGCCAGACUGAGAAUCAGUCGUCAGCUGUUAUUCCUCCUUCACAACCUGCAAAGAUGAAGAAGGGUGUGAAAAGAAAGGCAGAUACAACAACACCAUCAUCAGAUUCCUUUGAGCCCCUUUACAAUUCAAUUGAUUCUAAGUCUGCCAAAGUUGCUACACGGAGAGAAUCUGGAAGGACAAUCAGGAAGGUUGUGAAAGAUUUGCCAGUUUACCAGCAGCCUCAACGACAAGAUGAUGGUGUUCCCUUUAGUCAAGCUACGGUCCCUCAUUCAGCUACUGGGAUAACAUCACAGGUAAAGCUGAAGGAUAAAUUAAAUGAAUCUCUGAAGGCUUGCAAUGAGAUAUUGAAGGAGCUCUUUUCAAAGAAGCAUUCGGGUUAUGCAUGGCCAUUUUACAAGCCUGUUGAUGCUGAAUUACUGGGUCUCCAUGAUUACCAUGACAUAAUCAAGAAACCAAUGGAUCUUGGGACUGUAAAGCAAAAAAUGGAUAAUCGGGAAUACAAAACUGCUGCAGAAUUUGCUGCUGAUGUAAGAUUAAUAUUCACAAAUUGUUACAAGUACAAUCCUCCUGAUCACGAUGUUGUAACAAUGGCAAAAAAGCUGCAAGAUGUGUUUGAAAUGAGAUAUGCAAAAAUACCAGAAGAACCAGUUUCUGGGAGCAAGAAUGAAAAGAUGUCUGUGACCACUUCAGGAAGUGAAUCAAGCAGUGGAUCAUCAUCCGAUUCAGACGAUUCUGAUGCCGAGCGUGUUCGCAAGCUAGCACUCCUUCAGGAACAGCUGAAAGCAAUGCAAGACCAAAUGCGCAAGCUUGUUGAAGAAAGUUCCAUGAAGCGCAAUAAGAAAAAGAAGGAUGACAAAGACCGGAGAAAAAAAAAGAAGUCUGAAAAACAUGGAUCUUCAUUGAAGGAUGCAAGGACAGUAUCUGCAAGUGAUGCUGUAAGUGCUGGUGCUAAUGUUUCUGUGUUAGGAACCGGUGAUAGACUUGGAGCAGAGUUGCCUCAUAGUGUAACCAGAAGUGGGUUUAGUGCAAACUCUGGUGUGAUGAUUGGUGCACCUACCUCAUCUAAGGCAAAUAAAAAAAGUUCUCGUGGGAUGGGAAAGUCAGGUAGUCAGAAGCGGCCUAAAACUAGCUCACGUUCAGGAGGAAGCAAGAAGAAAGGAAGUAGCAGUAUGCCGCCACCAAACUUGGGUUUUGACUCGGAGGAUGAAGAUAAUGCCAAACCAAUGUCGUAUGAUGAGAAACGACAGCUGAGCCUUGAUAUAAAUAAGUUGCCAGGUGACAAAUUGGGAAGAGUCGUUCAUAUUAUCCAGUCCCGUGAGCCAUCUUUGCGUGAUUCCAAUCCUGAUGAGAUAGAAAUUGACUUUGAAACCCUAAAACCAUCAACCCUGCGUGAGCUGGAAUCAUAUGUUGCCUCUUGUCUGAGAAAAAAGCCACGUAAGCCAUACUAUAAAAAGCUUUCUGGAAAAUCUAAAGAUGAGCAAAUGGCUGAAAAGCAACAAGAACUGGAGAAAAGAUUGCAGCAUGUGUCUGGUCAGUUAGGCUCAGCAAAGAAGCAUGCAAGAAAAGAUGAGAGCAGAUCAAUUGAUGGUGCUGGUGGACCAGCACAUCUUUCAGCCUCCACUUCAAGCAGUUCAGACACAGACUCUAGCACCUCAAGUCUUUCUAGUAGCUCAACUGACACUAGUGAUUCAGAAGCAGGUUAGGUGAUAUUAGAAACUGUACAAAUCGACUUUUUGAAGGAAAGAAAAGAAGAAAAAAAAAUAUGAUGUGGGUCAUUCCAUCAGCCUCUGUCUUUGGCUUUUAUACAUUUCAGUAUCAGUCUCGUUUUAACACUGUUACUAUUUGUAACAGCUAUUCUCAUUUUCCAGUGACGGUGUAGUUUUUAUAAUCUCAUGAAGCAGUAUUGUUGCAAUUAAGUAUUGAUGUGAAAAUGACUUUGGCAUAAAUAUUUAUUUUUUAUGCUCAAUAAUUUCUUAAACAGAAACAAAGACAUUGUAUUAUCAAAGAGUACAUGUAUCAGGUGUCCGCAAUUAUUUUUUAUGAUUUGUAUGGACCUUAACAAAUGUGGAUUAUAGUGUCUCUUUAAGUGAACUUAAGAUGUUGCUUCUUAUGUAUAUAAGUAAAUGUAAGAUAAGAGCUAGUGUGACUCCUAUGGCGUAGUGUGAACUAGCCAUAAUGCUUCAUGCAGAUUCAAGUGAGAGGAAGAGCAACUUCAAAAUUAAUGUACUAUGAGUUUUAUAGUUUUUGUUGUCAAAAGUAAACCUAUUUGUUAUCAUUAUUUUGCAUAUUUUAAGACAGUUGUUAUAUUACUAACUGUGUAAUCAAAUGUUUGUUGACAAUCUGUGUGAUUCAAACUCAACUUCUUCAGUCCAUUUGGAUAGUUCCUGUCCAAGCACAGGAAAGGCUCAAAUUGUUCAUUGACAUCGUUGACUGCAGAACACGUACAUUUCAUUUUAGCUUUCAUAAUUGCUGUUUGACAGUGUUUUCUGAUUGUUAUUUCUGAUGGGAAAUAUUUUUUUAUUAAUAUUUUGUCAUAAAUUCCCCUCCUUCCCCAUCCCCGUGCCGCCAUAACCCCCCACCCCUCAUUUUUAUGCCUCGUUACGUAUCAUUUACACUUAUUUUUCUGUUGAUUUUUGUCAGUAUCAGUCGUGACUCGUCUGCGUGAGAGUGGUUCUACAUGAAAGCUUAGUUUUUACCAUGUGAAAUAAUAGUGAAUAAUAAAUUAGUGUUUUUGUGUGCAAGAUUCUCAGUUGUAUGAUUUUUGAUGACUUCGUGUGGAAUGACCCAUACAUUUUAACCAAUGCAAUAAUAGAUAGGACAUAAAGUGACUAUUAGCACUAUGCUGAUGAACACCAUUUUGUCAGUUUUUGCUGCAAACUUUUCUUCCAUAAGGAUGCAGUACCCAUUGAAUCACAUUUUUAAUGCUUGUAGAUAGUUUGCAGAAAAAACAGUCAGUAUUAUUUGUAUACACACAGAAUUGUAGACUGUUUUUAAUCUGAACUUUUUUAAAGAUUUGUUACAAAUCGGGAAUCGGGAAUUU